UUCACCAGCAGUUAGCACUGCCUCCAUAUAAACACCGGGAUGGGAUUCCCAGUGCUGCUUCUUGGCAAGAGGAAGGAAACCAGCCCCAAUAUGAGGGCAGCUCUCGCCCUGCUGCUGCUUUUGGCUGCUGUGCGUGCCGAGCACCGAGGUAGAGCGUACGUCCGGGACAAAGUUUGUCUGGAGUUCAAGACCCUGGGGAAGGAGGACUUCCGAACCCUGACCAUCAUUGCCAAUAGCAGGAAGUUCUCCAACGCCACCUUCGAGGAGAUCAACGACCUCGUCCAUGAGAUAGUCUCCCUGGCUGAAUCCUGCUGCGCCGACGGUGCGGACCCCUCCUGCUACGAUGCCGGGUCCUCAGCUCUGUCGGCCAAAUCCUGCAGCGGGAGCUCACCCUUUCCGGCACACCCUGGCACGGCCGGCUGCUGCGCCCACGAGGGGCUGGAGCGGAAGCUGUGCCUGGCAGCCCUGCAGCACCCACCCCAGGAGCUGCCCCGCUACCUCCAGCCCUCCAAUGAAGAGCUCUGCGACGCCUUCAAGAAGGACCCCAAGGACUUUGCGGACAGGUUUCUGCACGAGUACGCCAGCAGCUACAGCCAGGCACCCCUGCCUGUGCUCCUGGGCUCCACCAGAUCCUUCCUCUCCAUGGUCUCCACCUGCUGCAUCUCCGCCAAGCCCACUCCCUGCUUCCUGAAGGAGAAAAUGGAAAGAAAAACCCUCUCCCUCCUCACCCUGAUGUCAAACCGUGUUUGCUCACUCUUCAAAGCGUAUGGGAAGGACAAAGUUGCCUUCAGCUACCUCACCUCGCUUGCUCAGAAGAUUCCCGGCGCUUCCUUCGAGGACCUUUUCCCCCUGGCAGAAGAUGCUGCCGAGGUGUUUGCCCAGUGCUGCGACUCCGUGGCCGAGGACUGCAUGGGGAAGAAGUUAUCGGAGCACACAGCCAAAGCCUGCGGAGCACUGUCAGCCCGAGAUGAGAGGAUCGCCGACUGCUGCAAGGGGAAAAACCUCAUGCAAAACUAUUUCUGCAUCUCGGCUCUGCCACCAGUGCCUGGCCCCAAACUGCCGGAGGCACAGAAGCCAACGAACGAGCAGCUGUGCAGUGCAGAGGGGCCUCGCCAUGCCAAGAGGUUCCUGUUUGAGCUGGCGCGGAGGCACACCAGUGUCCCUGAUGCCUUCCUCAGCAAGCUGUAUGACACCUGCAACCAAGUCAGGGGGGAAUGCUGCUCUGCCAAGAACGCCCCUGCCUGCCUGGACAGCAAGCGCCAGCAGAUGGGAGAAGAGCUGCCGCGCUUCCUGGAUAAAGCCAACCAGCUCUGCGAGCAGUACGGCAAGCUCAGUUUCCUCGACUUCAAGAAGAGGCUGCGGGAGAGCUUGAAGCAGACAGCACCGGAGACCAGCCCCGAGCUGCUGGAGCAGCUGGUGGAGCAGCGAGCCGACUUCGCCUCCACCUGCUGCCCCCACAAUUCACCCCCUCUCUUCUGCACCUCCAAGGUGAGCUCGGAGCUGGCAGGGGUGUGCGACGGGGGUUCCUGCCUGCUGGGCUAGUCCGCCGAGUGGCUGUGGGGGCCCGGCACGCCGGCAUCGGCCACUGCUGCUCUGGGCGAGCACGGAUGGAGCAGGGACUUGUGGGGCUGGGGAAGAGGGUCAUGGCUGUGCACCUGGGGCUGAGCGUUGUGGGGUAUGCAGGGAAGCAGGAUGCCGAACAGGAGCACAGGGAACGGGGCUGGAAGAUGCCCGGCAGACGGCUGCUUUUCAUUGCACCAGGGGAGGAAGGUGCCAGCGAGCCCGCCGCUCCCUGCCCACCCACCGGCAUCACCACGAUACGUCCCUGCAGCUGCAAUAAAGACUUCCAAAGCACCAUUGCUGCUGCUGGGAAGGCUUUCUGCUCCCCUGGCAGGCUGGGAAAGGGCAUGGCCCUAGCUCUGCGAGCUUAUUUCAGAAAAAACACAAGCUGGAACACUAAAACCCCUUGUGAAGUUCCCCCAGAGUUGGCUCUGUGGGUAUUUGGAUGUUCAGCUGGCUGGGGUAGGAGCCCGUCACCCAGGAUGGGGCCUCCAGGCAUCCCAGCUCCCCCAAACCCCGCCGAGCUGAGCCCUGCCAAGCACCAGCUGAGUUUUGGGGGUGCUGCGAGCAAAGUGGCCCCAGGCUAGGAGGCAGGAGGAUGGUAAACCCAGCCUAGAAAGCAAUGGGAAAUUCCCCUGACCCCAAAUUAAACAGUUUUUUGCAGAAUGACAUCUAAAUAUCCCAAAGAAAGCAGAUAAUGGUACCUUAGCACCCAGAGCUGUGUUGAGCAAAGAUCAAGUGCAAAUGAAAGCAGCCUGUGCUUUAGAAGUAAGACAGGGGUGAGCUGAAGCGAUGGUCAAAGGAAAGGAAUAAAUGAGAUAAAGGGAUGCAAAAGGAGCAAUGGCCUUACCAACAGGGCAGAGGGACUCCAUCCAAAGAGAGAAAACUCCACAAGAGGCGGAGAAUUAAUGGGCAGAAUCAGGUGAAAUCAAUUUAAAGUUAAUGAAGACCCCAGAGUAAUUACUCUGUAGACAGCUUUAGCCAUCAAGAGUUGCCACAGUCACCAGACUCGACCUUAAGCAAAACCAGGAAGAAAAGUCCCAUUCUUGGUGGCCCCUCUCUGUACUGGAGCACAUCAGUAGCCCCAGGUCCCUGCUCGGUUCGCCACGAUGUGAGCAAUGGGGUGGGUUUGGCUGGCACGGUGCAGGAUGGAGCGGGAUUGCAUCCCAGGCUGUGGGAAGGAGUCCCUCUGGCAGCCGCAACAGUGGCAACCUCAUCUCUGGGAAGAGAGGGCCCAGCAAAGCCCUUCCUCCCCCGUCCCUGCCCAGGUGUGUAGAUGUGUUCCCAUUUUGGCUGCUUGCUCCAGGUGGUACCCAAGGCAGCAGCUGUGGUCCCCACUGCGUAGCUGCGUCCUGGCUGGACGGAGGGCUCUGUCCCACCGCUCCCAGAAAAGCAGUUUAGUCUCUGUCAGGCACAAGGUGUCAGGGACUGGCCCGAGCUUUUGCUCCCUUCCAGCAUCACAUUUGCGUCCGUCAGAUCGAGGCGGCACACGGUAACAGCUAACGAUUGCAGCAACCUGCUGGGUUUCCAAGAAAAAUAGGAGAAAUACAACUAAGUGAGCCAGGAACAUCUCCUGUGCCAUGUGCCUGCUUCUAGGAACUGUGCUGAUGGUCACUGCAGCUUUCCGGGCCAGAAGUGUGUGCUGCGUAGCCCAAGGGUAUUUCCUAAUGCCCAAGCGCGCUGGAGAGAGCGGAAAGCCAAGGGCAGGCUCUCCUCGGAGCAGCCUGCAUCGCUCGCCCCUGCACACCCAGAGUGCAGAACUCCCAGCAAGCGGAUGGCUCGACCUGCUGUGCUGUCCCUGCCUUUCGGCCACCAGGGGCUUAAAAGCCCCCAAGUCCUGCUGGUGGUCAGCAGGAAAAGUCAACGGGCGUGUGGGUGGGUGGCUGCUUCCUGUUGGGAAGUGGCCAGGAACCCACCCUGCUGGAUGCUUUUGACUCUAAAAGCACGUGAGAAAAUGCUGUUCCCUUGGCAGAGCCUUCGGGCAGCGAGGCGUACGCCUUGCCCUCUGUGUUUACAUUCCGAGUUUAUUUGCAUGGGUGUCUGGGUUCCCGCUGGAUUUAAUUCUGUACAGGAAAGCCCAAUCCUGCUGCACUUCCCUCCCUGCCAACAAAUCAGGCGAGUGAUUGCACUGAGCCAUUAAAGACUCUGCACCCAUUAUUAAGGAUUUCAGUUUAGCCAUGGCCCCCUCCAGCCCAGCACGAGGACGUGGCCCCUGUGCUUUGCUCCAGAAGGUGCCCGCGGUGGCCUGGGAGCCUCCCCUUUUCAGCCACAGGAGCCACGCGCUGCCCCACGCCAGCAGAGGAGAAACACCACCAGGAGAUGCCCCGAGCCUCUGCCCCUCCUGCGGAAAACAAAACCUCCCUGGAGGUGCCGGCAUGGCACGAGGUGAAGGCACCCUGUGACAGCAAAGCCUCCGCUGCCAUCAGCCCCUGUGUGGGGACACAAAAAAACCAACCCCCAAAAUAGGCAAAUGCGGUCCAAAUAAUGAAAAAUCCACAACAGUUUUGUUGUUAAACCCAGCUGACUUCCAAGAAAACAGAGCUGCUCCCAGCUGACGCCAGCCGGGAGCACGGACUCGGCCAGCAACGCGUCCCAAGGGAUUCCCAGCCUUCUGCCAGCCUGCACAGAAACCACUUUCCCUUCCUACUUUCCAUUGCAGCGGGGCUUUUUGUUUGAUUUUGCUUUUAAUUCUGUUUCUGGGACUCUUUCCUCCUGCCCUCAGCACCGCAAUGGGCACGAGGCAGUUCCCCUGCAUUCUCAGCUCAGCAGCUCUCUAACCCAUUCCCAAAGAUUUGCAAGAAGUAGCAAAGUCUCAAGUUGUCAAUUACAACCCAUUCUUGUUGCUCAGAGCCAGAGGUCGUCACCAGCAUCGGGGCACCUCCAGCGCCCUUCUGCAAAGCCCGAGCAGAGCGAGCCCUGAGGUUGGAGCCGGCAGCGCAAGGACUGAUUACAAAGAACCCCAGACCAAAACCCUCUGCGAGGCAGGCACCACUCCUGCCCGCAGCCACCGCCGCACCGACUGCACAGCGCGUACACAGAAUCAAUCAAUGACAGAACCGUUAAGGCUGGAAAAUCCCUCUCAGCUCACUCGCUCCAACCAUCAGCCCAGCGCCGCCGUGCCUGCUAAACCGUAUCCCCAGUGCCACUGUCACUUGGGUUUUGAACCCCUCCAGGGAUGGAGACUCUCCCCCUGCCCUGCGCAGCUCUGCCAGGGCUCCACCACUCCGUCAGUAAAGGAAUUUUCACUAACAUCCAGUCUAACCCUCCCCCGGUGCAACUUGAGGCCGUUUCCUCUCAUCCUGUCACUUGUUCCGUGGGAGAAGACUCCAGCACCCACCUCACCACAACCUCCUUUCCCGGAGAUGCAGAGAGCCGUGAAGGGUCCCCUCAGCCUCCUCUUCUUUGCGCUAAACAGCCCCAGGGCUCUUCACCUCUGUGAACCUUUCCUAACCCUCCUCUCCCUCCAGCGCCUCCGAGCACCUUCCCUUGGAGCUGGCAAUCAGGACAAGAGAGAGAGGCGCAUCUACAAUGGAAAACAAACUCACAAAGUCACCAGGAAAUGCAUAAAGUUACUUUAUUUUCAGUAUACAUUUAAUUUUGAAAAAUAUAAAUGCUAAAAUAUCUCAUCAUCUUCAUCUUUUGAUUCCAUAAAAGUCACAAUAGAAAGCUUCAUAAAACUGUAAAAUACUAUAAUGUUAUAAGGAAUUUCAUGUUUUAUAUUACUGGAAAAAAAAUCACUUUAAUAUAUUGAAAUGUUUUCUGCUUUUUUUUCCUUUUUGUUCCACCAUCUUGAUCCACUUCAUUUCAUGCUACGUUUUUAUUCUUUCCUCCAAAGCAAAUACAGACUUGCGAGAAUUAAAAACAAUAAGAAAAGUAUCUGAAAGUGCAUCUUGAUUCGAAAAAAAUAGAAUAAAAAACCCAAGCCGUAUGGGCCGCGAUGACGAAGCAGCGGGGGCUGCGGGGGCAGACGGGCACCACAUCCCCGGGCUGGGACAGAGCUGGCUGCAGCUGGCGUUAUUUCGCUCUGGGGGCUUAAUUUCUUGAUGGUCUUUUCCCACAAAAUUCCCAAUUCUGAUUAGAAGUAAGUGCUUUUUGAAGCUCUAAGAUGCACGGGGAGGCUUUCCCUGUGACACCUGCGGCCUCCGUUCCCUGCCCGCCGGCUCUGCUGCCAGCACAGCUCUUGGUCACUAAAUUUGUGUUGGGUUUUGUUUUGUUUUUUAAAGGAAGACCCAAGAAAGGAGGCAGCGCUGCCACUGCCAGGCACCCGGGAAGGCAGCGCUUCCAGCUCCUGUCACCGGCGUGGCGUGUUUUCCUUGGAAAGCUGCAGCAACCUUUGUCCCGUCCCUUCCGCAAUGCCCACCCUCUGCCCGACAGCUCCCUCGGGUUAAAACCAAAAAUAAAAAGGAGAGAGAAAGAUCUCAAUCAGCAGUCAACACAUUUCAAGUACAUUGAACGCAGUUCGGAAGUGGAAGACCUCAUUUUUGCAGAGACAGGUGACAGGAGGCUGCGCACGGGGCGGGUGUGUGGCUGCAGCGUCCUGCCUGCGGAGCCGACCGCGAGCAGGACAGCCGCUUCUCUUCAUCUUGUCUGAUCCUUCCUCCGUCGGUUAUCAGGAUUCCUACAAAUCAAAGGUCUGGGCAAAACACCACCAGCUCUCGCCUGCUCCGGAGGUGACGCUCCAUUCUGUCUCCCCUUUGGGAGCCAGGGGCUCGUGUUCACCAAGGGAUGGAGACCGUGGAUUGAAGCUGGCGUUGAGCUUCCCUGUUAUCUGUCCUCCAGUUAGUGGAUGAGGCCACAGAGCCGCUCCUUUUCUGGCCAUUUCUGCCACCUCCCACUCCUUUCCUUUGCACUGCGUCCCCAAGAUGCACAUCCAGAAGUCAACACACAUUUCGUGGAAGCCCCAACUGAACCCCCUGGAGAACGUGGAGGGGAAAUGUCUGGAGGUGCGCAUGUGUGUGCGCUGCAGCCGCCUCUGCAGCUCAUCAUCAAUGACUGUGGGCUGCAGAUGGAGCUCAAACCAUCCCGGUCCCUCCCGGCUCUCCCUUUCACCACAGCGCUGAAGGGAAACCGGUGUGGCCGGCGUCUGCUGCGCCUCUUGUUGCUGACACGGCUGCUACCAGUGAGUGGAUGCUAGAUUUUGGCAUUGAGGUCUCAGCACCACCAGAAAACUCUUUCCUUAACCAACACAGCCUUUGGUUUCACAAGGACUGGAGCGGCAGCAAUGUGCCAGUCCUCUGGGCCGGGAUUUUCUUCCGCUGGGGAAUUAGCCCCUACAGCUGGGACAUUUCUUUUUGAUGAAGCCUUUAUAGUGCGUUAGAUGCAAUCCCCGCGCUUCAUAUCAAAGAAAUCACUUGGUGGAGCCCCGUCUCCCAAAUGCGUGCACGCACAUAAGUGCGACGGAGAGAAAAUCGCCUCUCCCAGGGUGAUCCUUCCUUGCCUGAUUCCCAACCAAAAGCCUGGGGGUGCCCACACCUCCCCUGCUCGGUACUGAUCAUCACCUUGUACGGAUGGACGGGGCGAGGACCGGGCGGCCAAGAUUCAGGGUCAAUUCGGUAGAUGUGGGAUGCCAGAGGAUGCAGGUGUUGGCGAGCCUGGCACAGGAGCGAUGGGAUGAACAGCCCUGUAGGCCACCUUCAGCGUUCUCCUCCAUUGUGCUGUGCCGGUGCCCGAACAGCGGCAUCUUGUGGUGUGUACACCGCCCCCUGCGCACACAUUGACGUUUCAAAAGGAAUAACUAAAACAAUACCGUGCAGGUGAUCAGCAACACGAGUGCAAUCGGCAUCCGCCCUCCGGCGCCGCAGCCGCUCAGCGUUUCGCUCACCACGACGACGAUUAAGACUUCCUGGCUCACAAGAGAUUUACCGCCCGUCUCCUUCACUGUCGAAUUAGAUUAUUUAUACAAUAACCAGAAAGGAAAAUAACACAACCCUAAAUCAAACAGAUGCUUCAGAGUAGAGGGUGUUACCCAAACCGAUGCAGCCCUACGCCGUGUCCUGGAGAUUGUGGUGCAGUGGUGGUUUUUGUUUUUCCGUUUGUAAAAAUCACAUUAUAUAUGGUACAAGACAUUGUUUUUACAGAAAGCCUGGCAUCUAGAAAUAAGAGGUAGAACUACUCAGAACUAUACGUUUCCUGCUGCAGGAAAAAUUCAUUUGUUUCUUUACAGUAAUUAAAAAAAGGUUAAAAAAAUUGACAAAAAAAAAGGUUAGGCCCCCAUAAUUUAAACAAAAUAAUCUAGGAAAAUAACACUCUUCCAUGUACCUGACGGAUUAAGUCCAUUAAAGUGUUCCUUUAAAAAAAA